AUGAACCAACCAUCUCCUGGGACCAUCAUAACCCCGAGGACUCCUCCGUCACAGUCGCACACGUCUGUCAGAGUCGCACACGUCCGUCAGAGUCGCACACGUCCGUCAGAGUCGCACACACACAUGCACUGCCUCACACUGCCCCCUACAGUCAGACACAUGUACUGCCUCACACUGCCCCCUACAGUCAGACACAUGUACUGCCUCACACUGCCCCCUACUGUCAGACACAUGUACUGCCUCACACUGCCCCCUACUGUCAGACACAUGUACUGCCUCACACUGCCCCCUACAGUCAGACACAUGUACUGCCUCACACUGUCCCCUACAGUCAGACACAUGUACUGCCUCACACUGCCCCCUACAGUCAGACACAUGUACUGCCUCACACUGUCCCCUACAGUCAGACACAUGUACUGCCUCACACUGCCCCCUACAGCCAGACACAUGUACUGCCUCACACUGCCCCCUACUGUCAGACACAUGUACUGCCUCACAUUGCCCCCUACUGUCAGACACAUGUACUGCCUCACACUGCCCCCUACUGUCAGACACAUGUACUGCCUCACACUGCCCCCUACAGUCAGACACAUGUACUGCCUCACACUGCCCCCUACAGUCAGACACAUGCACUGCCUCACACUGCCCCCUACAGUCAGACACAUGUACUGCCUCACACUGCCCCCUACAGUCAGACACAUGUACUGCCUCACCCUGUCCCCUACAGUCAGACACAUACAGGUCCAGGAGAAUGAUUCCAGCGGUGACGUCUUUAAGCAGAGAUGGACUGGACGGUCUUUUACUGCCCUCUUCUGCCACACAGCAGUACUGCACGUGGAAUACGUCUGA